AACCACUUCACACGCGCGCGCCGCCCGCCGGGAAGGAAGCCAACGCCGACGCCGACAUGCAGCGCCUCGCCUCCUCCCGGAGGCUCCUCCAGGCGGCGCUCGCCCCUGUCCGUGCCCAGUCCAGCCUCUCCGCCGCGGCGGCCGCCGCCGCGCCCGCGCCGGAGAAUGCCUUCGCCGCCGCCCCGAAGAUGCCGCCGUUCGACUACACGCCGCCGCCGUACGACGGGCCGCGGGCGGAGGAGAUCUCCCGGAAGCGGGCCGAGUUCCUCAGCCCCUCCCUCUUCCACUUCUACGACCGCCCUUUGAACAUAGUCGAUGGGAAAAUGCAGUACCUGUUCGACGAGGAUGGCCGCCGUUACCUGGAUGCUUUUGGUGGCAUUGCAACCGUUUGUUGCGGGCACUGCCAUCCGGAUGUUGUUGAGGCGAUGGUCAACCAAGCAAAGAGGAUACAACACUCCACAGUUCUUUACCUGAAUCAUGCUAUUGCAGAUUUUGCCGAGGCAUUGGCAGCCAAAAUGCCUGGUGAUCUGAAGGUUGUUUUCUUCACAAAUUCUGGCACGGAGGCGAACGAGCUUGCACUGAUGAUUGCCCGGCUUUACACUGGUUGCCAUGACAUUAUUUCACUCAGGAAUGGAUACCACGGGAAUGCGGCUGGAACAAUGGGUGCUACCGCUCAAUGCAACUGGAAAUUUAAUGUUGUUCAGACGGGAGUGCACCAUGCACUUAAUCCAGACCCAUAUAGAGGUGCUUUCGGUUCUGAUGGCGAAAAGUAUGCCCGAGAUGUUCAGGAAAUCAUUGAUUUUGGAACUACAGGAAGGGUCGGUGGUUUCAUUUCGGAAGCCAUACAGGGAGUGGGUGGAAUAGUGGAACUGGCACCAGGAUACUUGCCUGCUGUGUACAAUAUGGUAAGGAAAGCUGGCGGCCUCUGCAUCGCCGACGAAGUUCAGGCGGGAGUCGCACGAACUGGAAGCCACUUCUGGGGAUUUGAAUCGCACGGCGUCAUCCCAGACAUAGUUACAAUGGCAAAGGGUAUAGGCAAUGGCAUACCGAUCGGAGCAGUCGUCACAACCCCUGAGAUCGCUCAGGUGUUAACCCGCAGGAGCUACUUCAACACCUUCGGUGGCAACCCUGUCAGCACAGCCGGUGGCCAUGCUGUUCUCAAGGUUCUGGAGAAGGAGAAGCUCCAGGAGAACGCAUUUGUGGUUGGCUCCUACCUGAAGGAACGGCUCAACAAGCUGAAAGAGAAGCAUGACAUCAUUGGUGAUGUUAGAGGGAAAGGCUUCCUUCUUGGGGUUGAGCUGGUGACCGAUCGCCAGAAGAAGACACCGGCCAAAGUUGAGAUCGGUCAUGUCAUGAACCACAUGAAAGACAUGGGUGUGCUGGUUGGGAAAGGUGGUUUCUACGGGAACGUGUUCAGAGUAACACCUCCACUAUGCUUCACCAAAGAGGACUCCGAUUUCUUCAUUGAGGCGAUGGACAUUUCACUAUCGAAGCUGUGAGUCGGAGAGGGACUGGCAGGAUCAACCUGUCCGCAUGUGAUCCGUAUCCAUAAAUAAUGUUGGGGAUUGGUGAGAUAGCACCUCGUUGUCUCGUAAUAUGUCCUGCAAACCCACCAUGCGCUGCUCAACACAUGGUCCAAUAGGCGCUCCUCCGGUCUCUAAUCAGAUGUGUUGUGACUCGUGACCAAUAAGCGCAUGUCAAUGUCAGAUGUAUUGUUAUAGUUAUUGUUUACAUGCUGAACGACAAAACGAACCAAUCACAAUGCCCAGGCGAUGUAAAUGUUGAAACAAUUAUAUUGGCAAAUGUCAGUGAUUUCGCAAUGAUGUUGUGCAAAA